AUGGCCCUAACAGAACCCGCUGCAGGAAAUGGCCCAAAAAGGACCCGGCUGCAGGGAAUGGCCCUAACAGAACUGGCUGAAGGGAAUGGCCCUAACAGAACCGACUGCAGGAAAUGGCACCAACAGGACCCGGCUGCAGGGAAUGGCCCUAACAGAACCAACUGCAAGAAGUGGCCCCAACAGGAACUGCUGCAGGGAAUGGCCCUAACAGAUCCCCUGCAGGAAAUGGCCCCAACAGGACCCGGCUGCAGGGAAUGGCCCUAA